CACCUCGACUUUCUUCUUCACAGACUGCGUAAUUAAUCACCGAACAGCAAUCGAAUCAGCGCCUUGCUUCUACAGAUCUGGACUCCCACUUGCACCAAUCCACCGUUGACCCUAAGGUUUUCCGGUCGAUUCAGUUGCUCUGAUUCGGGACUUGAUCCGUCCGAUUCGAGAUGCCGGUGGCUGCUUCCGCCAUCUACUUCUUGAAUCUUCGCGGCGAUGUCCUCAUUAAUCGCCUUUAUCGCGACGAUGUCGGGGGAAAUAUGGUUGAUGCCUUUCGUACGCAUAUAAUGCAAACAAAAGAGCUUGGUACAUGUCCUGUGCGACAGAUUGGAGGUUGCUCUUUCUUUUACAUGAGAAUCAGCAAUGUUUAUAUCGUGAUUGUUGUCAGCAGCAAUGCUAAUGUAGCUUGUGCUUUCAAGUUUGUUGUUGAGGCUGUUGCUCUCUUCAAAUCUUAUUUUGGGGGGUCUUUUGAUGAAGAUGCUAUUCGUAACAACUUUGUUCUGAUAUAUGAACUAUUAGAUGAAAUCAUGGACUUUGGUUACCCACAAAAUCUCUCUCCUGAGAUUCUAAAACUCUACAUUACUCAAGAAGGAGUGCGCUCCCCAUUUUCAUCCAAGCCUUCUGACAAGCCUGUCCCCAAUGCAACAUUACAAGUUACAGGUGCUGUUGGCUGGCGCAGAGAGGGUCUUGUUUAUAAAAAGAACGAGGUGUUUCUGGACAUUGUGGAAAGUGUAAACCUUCUAAUGUCAUCGAAAGGUAGUGUUCUUCGUUGUGAUGUAACUGGGAAGAUUCUUAUGAAGUGUUUUCUUUCUGGAAUGCCUGAUCUGAAGUUGGGUUUGAAUGAUAAAAUCGGACUUGAGAAAGAGUCACAAAUGAAAUCCCGCCCUGCUAAAAGUGGCAAAACCAUUGAGCUUGAUGAUGUUACUUUCCAUCAAUGUGUAAACUUGACAAGAUUUAAUUCAGAGAAGACUGUUAGUUUUGUUCCACCAGAUGGUGAAUUCGAAUUGAUGAAGUAUCGUAUAACUGAAGGUGUUAAUCUUCCCUUCCGGGUGUUGCCAACAAUCAAGGAACUUGGUCGAACACGCAUGGAAGUAAAUGUUAAGGUAAAAAGUGUCUUUGGAGCUAAGAUGUUUGCUCUUGGAGUUGUCAUCAAAAUUCCCGUACCAAAACAAACGGCAAAAACUAGUUUCCAAGUGACAUCAGGUCGAGCAAAGUAUAAUGCCGCUAUUGAUUGUUUGGUCUGGAAGAUAAGAAAAUUUCCAGGCCAAACUGAGCCAACCUUGAGUGCAGAAGUUGAAUUAAUUUCCACAAUGAUAGAAAAGAAGUCUUCGACAAGGCCACCAAUUCAAAUGGAGUUUCAGGUUCCCAUGUUUACCGCAUCUGGUCUACGAGUUCGUUUCCUUAAGGUGUGGGAGAAGAGUGGGUACAACACAGUUGAGUGGGUUCGGUAUAUUACUAAGGCUGGUUCAUAUGAAAUUAGGUGCUAGGAUCAUGGUAUUGCUCCUGGGAGACUCAGUGAACUUGGGUAGCAUUGUGAGUUUACAAGCUGGCUAAAUAGCUAAGCAGAAUCAAAUCAUGGUAUGUGUUUUACUUUCCGGACAACGUGAAUGGGCCUCCAUUACCCUCGAAGCAUGCAAAUUGUGUUCCAGUUUAUUGAAUUAUUAGGUUUCUUCGUGUUGGUCAUCAAGAAGUUUUGCUGAUAUAAUUAUUUUGAAGUGAAUAUUUGGUUGGUAUUGUUUUCUUUGUAAAGGCUAGCCCCCUUUUCAGAAAUGAAAAAACAGGAACUUUUUUUUUUUUUGGGGUUUUAUAACACUAUGAUUUGUUCUACUUUGACACACAUGUUUUGUUGUAAUGAUAGUGCUGUUGGUAACAGAGAGAAUGAUGGUAAUUGAAGCUUGGAUUCAACUAAUUUCAAGGAAAAUCCACUGUUUUGGAAUUCUCAUUGCUGUCCCAAUUAUGAAUUUGUUUCCCGUGAAGUUCCAAAUGCACCUCAAUUUUUGACUGUCA